CGGCUCGCCUUUCCCCCUGAAUUUGUCGCUGGCAAAAGAAUAAAAGAAAAUGGCGACGGCUCUCUUGAAACUGAAAACCCUAACCAGAUCAUCCAAUUCUCCUUUCAUAGCUAGAAAUUUCAGCCUGGUUACAAGCCAAAUCAGCAAUCACACUGCCAAAUGGAUGCAGGAUACAAGCAAAAAAUCUCCAAUGGAGUUGAUCAAUGAAGUUCCUCCUAUCAAGGUUGAAGGAAGGGUUGUUGCUUGUGAAGGAGACAGCAACCCAGCACUUGGACACCCUAUUGAGUUUAUAUGCCUUGAUUUGAAGGAGCCAGCUGUAUGCAAGUAUUGUGGCCUGCGCUAUGUUCAGGAACAUCAUCACUAGGAGUUUGUUGAUGUCUCAUUGGACCAUGGCAAAGCAUUGGAGUAAUUAUGAUCCUUCAGUUAUCAACUUCUGGCCUUUAUCAUGGAAUCCAUGUACUGACGGUAGUUUGAUGUUUUUUCAUUUUAAAAUAAUAAGAUUUAUCGUCACACUUCUGAACUAGAUCUAUUCCAUGCUUGGUGUUCCAAAAUUUCAUGUAUUGUAAUUUGGGCUUUCUAUUAUGUGGAGCGCUUGGCAUUUCAUCUUGAGCUGAGCUGUACUUGUUUGGAAACAUUCCUUCAGUUUAUCGAUGUUUGUAGCGAAAUUCAGUGUUACUAGAUGGUAUUAGGAUGGAAAACGAAAAAAAAUUAGAACGUAUAAUAAAUAAUAAUCAUGUAAUAAAUUUAAUAAAGUUAAAGUUUAUAU